UAAAGUGUGCUGUGGGGAAAUGGAAACAGGCCUGUUUGCUCUCCCAUGGGUGCCAGUGAAUAUUGGUGGUUCUGAUCUACUGGCCAAAGCCUGGUUCGGUGACACACAGUACCGGGUUCUGCUGAGUGACCUGAACACUGUGUGGGACGAAGAAAUGACCGCAGGUGACAUCCAGAGUCGAGCACAGGAUCUGAAUAAGCGUCUGAGGUCUCCUACACAAGCGUUCUCUCAUCUAUGUUCUGUGGCACGGCCUUGUUUCUCCAGUGAAGAUGAUGAUCAGAUUUCUACUGCACACGUUACUCUUGAACAGCAUGGUGGCAAUCUAACAGUCAAGCUCAAAAGUGAGCUGGCUGGGUUGCCAUUCUACUGGGAGUUUCGCUGCACCACAACACCUGUUGGCGUGGUGUGCAGACACCUGGUGCGCCCCCUGCUGGCAGUGAGUAGAGUCCUACAGCAGCAAGUGGAGGAUCUAGCUGCUCUUCUGGCUCGGAAGGACGCAGAGAUACAGGACUAUCAGGAGAACAGAGCUGUCCUAAGUAGAGCCAGACUACAUACGGAGCCGUUUGAGGUGCACAGGUACAGGGAGAACGUCUUCACACAGAUUGUUCCACAGAUGGGUGUGACGUUGGACAGUUUGGGUUUUGACUCAGAGUUGCAGGCACUGUAUAUGGCCGUGAGCUUGGGGAAAACAGGUCAGAAACGCAAACACUCUCCUGACAGCAGCCCUGCGGCAGAAGACAACCACGUCGCUGAACAUCACCAACACAUCACUGAUGUCCCCACAGAUGUGGGUUCUUCACUGGCUUCUCAAGAACAGAAUGAUGUCAAAGCAUCAUCGGGAAGACCUCAGGUGGCAGACACAUCAACUGCUGCUGCUGGUUCUGAGGAACGUUCCACCUCACGGCCGAAGAAGAAGAAAGCAGUGGGGCUUUUUCGGUGACAGUUCAUGCUUCUGAAUCAGAAUAGUGCACAU